AGUAUAUUUCCAAUUUCAGACUUUUAUGUAUUUAUGUAUUGAAAAUAUUCGGUCACGCUUAUUUUUGUUGAGUAAGAGUUAGUCAGGAAAAUGCAAGGGCUUGGACUACAAAGUCUUAAAAAAAAUCCAGCUUUGAUACCACUUUAUGUGUGUGUUGGAGCGGGAGCUAUUGGAGCAAUUUACUAUAUGGCUCGUCUCGCGACUCGCAACCCAGAUGUCACUUGGAAUCGUACAUCAAACCCUGAACCAUGGCAAGAGUACAAAGACAAGCAAUACAAGUUUUACUCGCCUGUGAGAGAUUAUUCAAAAACUAAGAGUGCUGCUCCAAACUUCGAAGAAUAAAUUACAUUUCUUGAGCCUGCCUGAAAUAAUAAAAUGCCUUUUGUGGUUGCAAAUUAAAAAAAAAUUGUAUUUCCUGUUAUUCCUCAGUAUCUGCUGUAUUUUUUACUCGUUCAUUGAUGUGUUCAUUAAAGGGUGUCUAACAGAGAUAAAGAUUUUAGUAGACACUGAGCUUGGGAAAGCCAAAAGCUACGAGAGAGACUCAAGUUAUUGAAAGUUGCUGUUAAGUAUGUUCAAUCUAGAGAUGCCAAUGUAGCUCAAUAUUGUUUCAGUAUCCGGUCACGACCACUCUAAAGCCCACAAAAGCAUGGGAUAUUGUGACAAUUGACAGUUUAUUAACAAGUUUAAAUCAAAAGUCCUCACCGUCAGUUAAUAAAUAUUAUUAAUAUAGUUUAAUAACUGCCUAGCCUAGCAUUUGACUUAAUUUCAACUUUCGAUCUCUUAUAGUUCUCGAUCCAUACAUCGCCCUUAAGAAUAUAUACGACACAAGUUUGAGAACUGAAAUAAAUGUUUAAUGAAACUA